UUGUGUAAUUUCAAUGAAUUUAUUGCUACGUUAACGCAAUGAAAGGGCGCACCGCCAUAUCUGCGCAAUGCGAUCGAAAGUGGUCCGAAGUGUAAUAGUAGAGGGCACCGGGCUCGGCAGGGCACGGCAAUUAGCAGCUGUCCAGAUGGGAGAUUGGCUAGCAGAACUGGCCGAGUCACGAUGAGCAGGCGCUUCCGGCCAAAUGAGAUGCAUCUCGACACGCGCCGAACAUCAUUUCCGUGCCUGGCCAGAAGAUCUGAUUGGACGAUUGGAUUGGAUGGCGGAGUACAAAAGGCGCAUUCAAGCGGUUGGCCAAAACAGUUGGCCAAAUGACUUCCGGACUCCGCUUCUCUGUCCCACUAAUUGUGGCCCUUGCCAUGGUGACCCUCGCCCUGGUGACCCCUACAGCUUGGGCGGAUUCGGAAUUCGAUGUGGACUACUCCAACGAAUACGAUGAUGUGCGACCCCAUCUGGUCUAUCCCGAUGAACCCAGGCUGGACAAGCGGAUCGGAGACGCGGCCCGAGAAUUUAGUCAGAAUAUAACCCAGGCCUGGCACUCGAUGGUGGACUCCUUCAAGAACUACUUCGAGGAGCUAAAGAACCUAUUUGCCGUCCCUACGGAUCCCAAUGCAGCCAACGAGGUCGACCACUAGAAUGUGUGCCCAUCACUUUGUAAUUAUAAUUUAUAUUUUUAGUAAUUGGAAUAAAAGAGUUUAAUUUGGCUACCCAGAAACUGUACUAAAAUUAAUGACUACUUUCUUCAGCAAUAAUUAUCUUAGUAAAUCCAAAGUUAAUCAAAAUA